GUACUGGCUAAGAAUCAGUACAACACUUGACCGAUUCUGAAUCGCUCGACACUACGGACUAAUAGAUAGUAUUAGUCUAGUAAUCUAUACGAGCCCGCGGUUGCGGAAAGACGGCUUUUCACUUUGCUGGAUACAUUCAUUUCGAUUUCGUUGCUCACAUGCAGUUCCCAUCGGUCGUGCAUACUUACAGCUCCUAUUGUAAGUUACUUUGAAUUACUGACUCGCAUGCUCGCGGCCGUUAUUCGCUCCAAAGAAGUUUGUCGACGAAUAGACCACUUACUCCAGUGCAGUGAAGCAAUUCUGAGUGAUUUAUUCAAUGAACCAAGUGAAAAUUUUAUGAAAAACUGGCUUUUACUGAUCUCUUGAGGGUUACGAUCAUGGUCUAGAGUCGUUUGCCUUGGGAAACUGCGUUCUUUUCACACUGAGCUCCGGAGCUCCAGUUUAGUCGGGAAGAAAGUACCUGAGGACUGGAUUCUGAUAACUUGGUUUCAUGUGCAUUUUUAAUCCGAGUCCUAGCCGAGAGUCGUAACGAAAAACAAGAAAGCCCAACGGACAAAGGUGGUUAGUUAUAAGGAUCCAUUAAAGCAGUUCCAAAAGAACGUGUCAAUUAAAUCGGAAAAAUGAGUAGCAGUGCAACUAUUUCGGUUGGAAUCCAGGGCGACGGUACCAAUGGAAAGUCUGCGGUUCUCGCGAAUGGCAAAGAAAUUAGGAAGCGUGGACCAAACUGUGGUGUGCGGCAUUUACAAUGUGUUCUGCUGUUUUUUGGAUUAACGGUCGCUUACGCGUUGCGUGUGAACCUUUCCGUGGCAAUUGUGGCUAUGACUGACAACAGUACAAAUCCAGACUUUGAGACAUACACUUGGGAUAAUAAAGGUGUAGUGCUCAGCAGUUUCUUCUUUGGUUACGUUGUGACUCAAGUGCCUUCAGGACAGCUAGCGCAUCGGUUUGGCGCUAAAUAUCUCCUGUUCUUUGGAUUGCUUCUAUGUUCAGUGCUAGCAAUUGGUACACCAUGGUUGGCAUCAUUUGGAGGCCAAAGUGCAGUCAUUGCAGUCCGUGUAGUUCAAGGUCUCUCUCAAGGAGUCGUAUUUCCUUCUACGCACAAUAUCCUAUCGAGAUGGUCACCGUUGGAGGAACGUGGCCGCUUAACCACCUACUGCUAUGCUGGGAGUCAGUUCGGUACAGUGAUAAUGCUGGCAGUAAGUGGAGAGAUGGCUUCGUCCAACUUGGGAUGGCCUAGUAUUUUUUAUAUAUCAGGAUUAGUUGGAGUUGUGUGGUCGGCGGCUUGGCUACUUUUUGGAUCGAGUUCUCCAUCAGAAAAUCGCUUUAUUUCGGCUGAAGAAAGAAAUUUAAUUGAAAAAUCGCAACGAGUUGUGGAGGAUGGGGAGAAGAAGUCUUUGCCAACACCUUGGUUGAAGAUAUUCACUUCGCCUGCCUUCCUUUCACUUACAUUGGUCCACUGUACCCAUAAUUGGGGUUUCUGGACAUUGCUAACUGAAAUCCCAACGUACAUGAACAGCGUCCUCGGCAUGGAUAUAAAGUCCAACGCUCUUUAUUCUUCGCUACCUUAUUUGGCCAUGUGGAUAAUGUGCUAUGUUUUCGCCAUCCUUGCUGACAUCAUGAAUAAGUGGGAAUGCAUCUCGCUCAACUUCAGCCGGAAAUUCUUCAACUCUGUCGGCCAUUGGAUUCCCAUGGUGGCGCUUAUUGGGCUAGGUUACAUGACGAAAGAAACUACCGGCCUUGCGAUAGCUCUCCUUACCGUGGCAGUUGGUAUGAAUGCCGCAGUUUAUUUAGGGUUCCAGGUGAACCACAUCGAUUUAGCCCCCAACCAUGCUGGAACAUUGAUGGGAAUUACGAACUGUGCAGCAAACAUAAUGAGCCUCAUUGCUCCUCUUACUGUAGAUGCAAUUGUCAAGGACGAGAAAGAUCCAGUGGAAUGGAGGACUGUGUUCUUUGUUUCGUCAGGUUUCUACCUAGUUGGAAACCUUCUGUUUAUUAUCUUCGGCAAGACGCAGGUCCGAAAAUGGAACGAUUAUGGUAUCGAAUCCAGUACUGAGAUGGAAGGAAAACCCGAGGGAAAGAACGUAGCCGAACCUUAGGUUCUUUAGUUUAGUUUAGUUUACGAAUUUUUAGAACUAGAAAUAGAAUAAAGUGUAGUUGGUAGUUGUACAGAACCUCUCAGUGGCCAUUAACGCUAUUGAAUUUCCAAAUUGCCUUGUAUUGUAGUGAAAGUGUGGCGCGGCAGGAUUCGCGAGGUGAUGCGCAAAGUCGUGGAUGAGUGGAAUUGGAUAUCGGUCAGGAACAGUCUGUCCAUUUAGCCUUAUGUAAUCCCCACAUGGGCGCCAUUCGCCGUUUGG